AUGGAAUUUGUCGAUGUACUAAGCGACUUAGAUAGCGAGGAUGGUAAUGAUUUAGAUGGUAAUUUUAAGAAUAAUGAAUGCUCCCUUGACGAAAAUGAAUUUAAUGAAAGAAUUGAACGAAUACUGCAAAGAUCGAAUGAGAAUCAUCAUCAAAAAAACCAUUCAAGCACUUGCGAAUCUGUUUCUGAUGAUGACAAAUCACUUCGAGAAAGGAUUCGUGAUUUAGAUGGUAUUUGGGUAAAUAAAACUAGGAAACAUGACGAUAUUGCUUUUAAUGAAGAAUGUGGACCAAUUAACAUUUCUGAAAAUAUCCAAUUACCAUCACACAUUUUUCGACUAUUCUUUUCUGACAACUUUAUUGAUAUAAUUGUUGAGCAGACAAAUUUAUAUAGCGAACAGUCAGAUACAUCUUUUGUCAAAACUACAAAAGAAGAAGUCUUAAAAUUUAUUCCAAUAAAUAUCGUGAUGGGUAUCAAAAGAUUACCUGCCAUUCGUGAUUAUUGGUCCACGAAUCCGCAAUUACACGACUCAUUUAUUAGUUCAAUUAUGCCUGUAAACAGAUUUUUUUCUAUAUUAUCCUGCUUACAUUUCAACGAUAAUUCGAUUGCUCCUAAGAGGAAUGAACCCGGCUUUGACAAACUGUUUAAAAUUAGACCUAUGCUAACUGAACUUUCGGAAAACUUUUUAAAAUAUUACAAUCAUACAAAAAAUCAAAGUAUAGAUGAAAGUAUGAUCAAGUUCAAGGGUAGAAGUACGUUAAAACAGUACAUGCCACAAAAGCCUAUAUAA